AUGUCCUUCACGACCAACUCAACCAUCACCUCCUUUGGCGGCCGCUUCCUCAAGCUGACCCACCAAUCGGCCACCACCAAGACUCCCAUGAACCUGACCCUCUUCCUCCCCCCGCAGGCCACCAAGUCCCAGCCGGCCCCGGUGCUCAUCUACCUCUCCGGCCUGACGUGCACGCCGGACAACGUGACGGAGAAGGGCUUCCUCCACGCCCACGCCUCCCGCCUCGGCCUCGCCCUCCUCUACCCCGACACCUCCCCGCGCGGGACCGAGCACCCGGGCGAGCACGACGCCUACGACUUCGGCAGCGCCGCCAGCUUCUACAUCGACGCCACCAGGCAACCGUGGUCCUCCAACUACCUCAUGGAGACGUACCUGACCAGGGAGCUGCCCGGCCUCGUCUUCGCCGACUACCCGGAGCUCGACGCCGGCCGCGUCUCCAUCGCCGGCCACUCCAUGGGCGGCCACGGCGCCCUGACGCUGUACCUCAAGAACCCGGGCGCCUACAAGAGCGUCAGCGCCUGGUCGCCCAUCUGCAACCCGUCCAGGUGCCCGUGGGGCGAGAAGGCCUUCGCCGGCUACAUCGGCGACGACAGGGCCGAGUGGAAGAAGCACGAUGCUACCGAGCUCAUAGCGUCUUGGAAGAAUGGUCCUCUCAACGCUCUCAUCGACGUCGGCCGUGCCGACAACUUUUACAAGCAGGGUCAACUCCUCCCCGAGAAUCUUGAAAAGGCCGCCAAGGACGCUGGUGUCACCGACUUGAAUGUCCGUUACCAUGAUGGCUACGACCACUCCUACUUCUUCAUCUCCACCUUUGGCGAGGACCACGUCAAGCACGCCGCCAAGGCUCUCGGUCUUCUGUGA